AGAGUAGUAUUUUAUGAGGCUUGCCCACAACAUAAACUUGCACACGUAGAACCUCCCUCAACGUAAGAGCCUAUGUCAGUUCAGUUCAAACGAUUAUGAAACCGUUCACUCUGACUCUCAAUUCCAUGGCAUGAAUCUGGACGCAAAGUCGUGAUCCUUCUCAUUAACGAGACUCGGACUCUCAGCUGCAUCUUCAGUUCUAUAGCUGAAACCCAAACCCGAUUGGACGCCGCAAAAUUCAACAACCGAUUCACCCGCUCGCUCGGCUAUGGAAGUCGAGGAUGUCAAAGCCAUAGCCGGGGGUUCUUCUUCUUUGGAAUGGAACCCCAGUAAGAGCAUUGCGGAGAGGCGGGCGGCCAAGUGCGGUUUCAAUGCUAAGUGUCUUAAAACGGCGCUGUUUCGAACCGCGAGCCCCUUGGCUUCUCCGGCGGCGAGGCUAACUAUUCCCGCCGGGAUUAGCCCCACCGCCUUGCUUGACUCCCCCAUCAUGCUACCAAACAUCCGGGCACCGCAUUCUCCAACCACUGGAACUUUUCCAUUGCCUCCUCUCAGCCAUGAAAGUUUGAUGCUGAGUUCGGUGGCUGCUGAAUAUGGGGAUAGGGGCAGUGAUGUUGGCUCCCUCAAAUUCGUACCGUAUGAGAAUCCUGAUUCUUUGUCUGGCUUUUAUGGAUUUAUAGAUCAGAAUGCUGAUGUUGACAAUAACGCACUUGAGUCAGUGCCAACACAAAUGGAUUUUGAAUUCCCAGCAGAACUCCCAAAAGCAGAUACCAUAGACGACUGUGCAAUGGGUUUAUCCACUAAUGGGAAAGUGUUAAAAAACAUGGUUAUGAAUGCCAAAUGCAAGGACUUGUCCAUUCAUCACUCUGAAGUAGCCAGCGAUCAAAAGUCUCUUCUGAAAGAACCUAUUCAUGGAGAGGAUGUUGGGGCAAAUCAUCUUCUGGAAGGAGACUUGAAAGGGUCAUAUCCUUCUACAGGAGUGUUAAGGGCAUCAGAAGAUGGAUACAAUUGGAGAAAGUAUGGGCAGAAACAGGUAAAAGGUAGUGAAUAUCCAAGAAGUUACUAUAAAUGCACACAUUCAAAUUGUCAGGUGAAAAAAAAGGUGGAGCGAUCCCAUGAUGGUCAAAUAACAGAAAUCGUCUAUAAGGGUACUCAUAAUCAUGCAAAACCUCAGCCUAACCGCCGAGCAUCUAUCGGUUCCACAUUUUCAAUCGAUGAAACAUCAGAGAUGGGUGAAGACAGUGGAACCUGUAUCAAAUCUGAAGGCGGAUCAGUCUGGAGGAAUAUUCAGUUGGGUUCGAAGGAUGUUAAAUUUGGCUCUGAUUGGAGGGCUAAUGGGAUGGAAGGGACGUCCUCAGCAUCUGUUCUAUUGGAGUUUUCAGAUCCAUUAUCAACUGCACAAAGGAAAUCUGUAGGAGUAUUUGAAUCAGGUGAAACUCCAGAGCUUUCAUCUAGACUUGGUAGUCAUGAUGAUGAUGAUAAUGAAGAUGAGGCCGCACAGGGAAGCAUAUCCCUUGAAGAUGAUGCUGAUGUCGAUGAGUCCGAGUCAAAAAGAAUGAAGACAGAGAACUGCUUGAUUGAAACAAAUUUGGCAUCCAGGGCUGUCCGCGAACCAAGAGUAGUUGUCCAAAUAGAGAGUGAAGUAGACAUACUUGAUGAUGGUUAUCGCUGGCGGAAAUAUGGGCAAAAAGUUGUCAAAGGAAAUCCAAACCCUAGGAGCUACUACAAAUGCACAAGCGCCGGAUGUUCUGUGCGGAAGCAUGUGGAAAGGGCCUCUCACGAUAUUAAAUGUGUAAUCACAACAUAUGAGGGAAAACACAACCAUGAAGUGCCUGUAGCCAGAAAUGGGGGCCAAAUAAAUUCAAGCGGUGCUAAUGCAUAUCCAGCAGCUACUAAUGCUCAAUCUACCCUUACACUUGCCAGAAACAUGAAUGUUUCAGAACGUGAAACACACGUUCAAGAUCUUGCACCACAUUUUGUUAGGAAACCUGAAUUCGGUAAUGACCAACCCAGACCCAGUUUCCUCGGAAACUUUAAUAAUGACAUGAAAUUUGGGGCUACCCCAAUUUAUCAAAUGAAGUUUCCCUCCUUACAAAACACCAUCUCUUAUGCCUCUCUUGGUCUGAAUUCUAACUGCACUUUUAACCUUCAAUCCUAUCCCUUUGUAGUCCCCGACUUCCCAAUUUCGCUGCCAUUGGAACUUCCCAAUGCAGGGAAUCUUACUCUAGCUGGUCUUGAUUUUAAUGUUGGAAAACCAGUUGGUCCAGUUCAGUCUUUCCGUUCAGGGCAGCAGCUGAAGGAAAAUGAUGCAAGGUUUCUCAGGCCAAAGCAGGAGCAAAAUGAUGAUAACCUUUACGAUGCCUGCCUGGCCACAGUUGAUCAUGGAAACGCGUCGUCAUCCUCCUCCUCAUCAUCGUCUUCUAUUUAUCACCGGGUCAUUGGAAGUUUCUCAUCUUGAAAAUUUUGGUUUGCUUGUGUAGUGGUCGGCAAUAGCUUGGAACUUUGCUUUCCUCUUUGUAGUGAUUGAAGGUGACAAUGCAUCGCCUAUUCAUAAGUUAUUUUUUCAUAAACAUCAUUGAGAAAAAAUGUUCAUACAAGCUGCGUACAAUCUCUCUAA